UUUGGAGCCAUGACUGAGCUGUGCUGUGGCUGCAGCUCAUUUAAAGGCAGCCAAUCCAGUAACAGAACUGAAACAAAGACAUUUCCUCAUGACUUGAGCUGUGAGACUCGACCCAAAAUCAUGACAAUGAGCUUCUUUGGAAAACUAAAGAACCUACAUGGAGCACCUCCAGCUCCACCAAGAAGAACAGAUAACAAUGCAGGGUGGCCACAGGAUGAGUUUGAUGACGAUGAAGGUGACAUGUAUGAAGCGCCUCCCUGUGAGCGUCCAGCUGUGAAAGUCCCACCGAGACAAGUGGAGGAGAACGUUUAUCUGGAGAGGACAUCCAAUCCCCCUGUUCCACAGAGGCAGGCUGCUCCUCCACCCAGACCAGGAAAACCCUUGAAACACCAACAACGUGCUGACGAUUACUUCUACAGUCCCAACGGCAAGAAACCACCUGAGAUAGACAGAAAUGAAAAGCCUGGGAGAAAGCCUCCUCCACCAGUCCGUCCUGCACCUGCUCCAGUCCCUGAGUCCAACACUGAGGAAGAUGUCUAUCUGGAUCCAAAUGAAGAACCGGAGGAUAAUGAUGACUUGUAUUUAGAACCUACAACCGCCUGCCCUCCACCCCCUCGUGCACCCAUGAGGAUGCCUCCAUCUCCCAUGACAGUGCCCUCUCCGAUGAUGAAGCCUCCAGUUCCCAGAGCUAAGUCUAAUUCACUCUUGCCUUCCUUGAAUGAGGUCAAAACAGUUCCUUCGGAGGCUAGACGUGCCACAUUUCCAAACAAACUUCCUCCACCAACUCCCAAGCCCCCUCUGCCUGCCAGCCUGAAGGAAGCCAAACCCAGCCCUCCAAAUCCUCCUAUGCCUGACACUAAGCCUGUGGGCUCCUCUGGUGGUAUGAGGGCAAUCAAACAAUCUGGGAAUGAGGACAAAGAAUGGUUUGCUGGAGCUUGCAACAGGAAGAGAGCUGAGGAUCUCUUACUGGGGGUCAACAAGGACGGCGCCUUUCUCAUCCGACACAGCUCAGCCCAGAGUGCCCAGCAGCCGUACACCCUCGCUGUGCUCUACCAGCAGAAGGUGUACAACAUUCCUAUCCGUUUCCUGGAGGAUACAAGAGGUUACGCCCUGGGAAAAGAAGGCAAGAAGAAUGAAGAGAUUUUCAGCACCCUUGACGAGAUGAUUUCCCACCACAAGAAUAACCAGCUGCAUCUGAUAGACAGCAAGAGCCAAGCCAAGCACCCGGCGUAUUUAACCCACCCUGCACGCCCUUAAAACUACACUACUACUUAGCACUUCAUGUGAAUUAUGUGAGGAUAACUGCAGUUUGAAAGUUUACCACUUGAAAAUACUGUAGGUCUACUGUGUGUCACAACAGUGUAAUUACAACUCUGAAAAAUGAAAUAGGUUAUACAGCUAAAGCACUAUUUUAUUCAAGUUUAUCAUUAAAAUAGACUGUGCAAAAACUUUAUGUAAAUGUCACAAACUGUUGACACUAAGCCGCCAUGUGACAUGAUAACAGCUUCAACGUUCUUACUGUGAUUUUCGUGGUUUCUGCCAUGUCAUAGUUUUAGCAAUAAUUGCACAAUGUUAAAUUGUCUCCGGUGAAAAGGAAAUGUGUCACUAUAUUACUGUAACAGUCAUUCAUUCUGGAUAUCUCUGCCUUUGGAGGAAACAUGUUGUCAUAUCACUGCAUUCCACUAACUUUUAAACACAAAAACCAUUUAUUUCUGCUGUUCUAAGAUAUGGAAACAUAUCAAAACAACCUCCAGAUGGUCAGACGUGAUGAUCAGUAAUGUCUGUUUUAGUCAUGAGCCCAGAUUUGGUGUGUAUCUUUUUCCUAGUUUAGUUCAGUUUUAUGACUUGGAUUUGGUGUUGUUUUUUUCAGUGUGAUAUUGUAGAUAUUGUGUAAUAGAGACCCAAAG